AAAGAUGGUCACCGAGGUAUGAUCGACACUGGGCUCUAUUUUUUUUCUUAUUUCACAGAUUUACUAUUCUUCUUCAAAAAAAUAGAUUCUAGAAUCAUAUCAUAUAGCACCAUACCCUCGCAUGGUUUUUUUCUUUUUUUUGGAGUUGUUUGACAUAUGUGCGAUAAACAUUAACAUACCAUAAAUUCUCACGGCAUGACACAUUUUGAAGAGAAUUUGAUAGUUUAAAAACUGAAUAGAUUGAUCCAUCUAGAAGACAAAAGAACUGUUGAUUAAUGCUUAGCUUUUGGGCUCUUCAUGGCUUAAACAAUUGUUGUAUUAAAUCUCCUUCGUAAGGUAGCCAUUUUAGGACAUUGAGAUCUAAAACUGCUAAUACAGCCAAGUAUAAGAAACAGAUGAAUCCAUUUGAAACCGAGGAAGGACAGACAAGAGAGUUAAAGAUUGGUUCUUGAAUAGAAAGUGAGAGGAAAAAUAGAAAGAUGAAGAGAUGGAAAGAGAGGGGGGAAAGAAAGAGUGUAUGACAGCCCAUUUCAAUUGUUCGAGAACAAUAUAAAAGCCAUUUUUAAGCAACCAUAGACUUCGAUUGUUCACUCGCUCCCUGUAACUGUGAGCAAAGGACUUCCAUCCAUCCAUGGGCUGGGAAGCACCACCUCUCCACAUCCUUCUGUUCCCUCUCAUGUCCCCCGGCCACACACUUCCCAUGGUCGAUUUGGCCAAGCUCCUGGCCGCGCGUGGCGUCAGAACCACCAUACUCACUACCCCAGCCAAUGCGCCGUCCCUGGAAGCUGCCAUCGAACUGGCCCAACGCUCCUAUCAAUGCCCCAUUGAACUCCAUGUCAUCCCCUUCCCCUCGACCGCCGUCGGCCUACCCGAGGGUUGCGAGAACGCCUCCUCCGUCCCGUAUUACCAACAUCCCACCUUCAUGACCGGCGUCACCAUGCUCCAAGAACCCUUCCGCCGCGUCCUCACGGAACUUCUCCCUGACGCCGCCAUAACCGACUGGUUCCUCCCAUGGACUUUUAACAUCUCUGAGGAGCUCAACAUUCCACGCCUGGUCUUCCAUGGCAUCAGUUUCUUCGCCCUUUGCGCCCACGCAAGCCUACUCUUCGAGCAGCUGCCCACCGACGAAGAUACCAUCACCAUUCCCAACUUUCCUCGCCGUGUCGAGCUGCAACGGUCGCAGAUGCCUGACGAGACACAGAUGCAUCCCGUUUUCACGGAAAUUAUACAUCAGAUUGCAGAGUGGGAGCCGAAGAGCUACGGGGUGGUGGUGAACAGCUUCUACGAGCUGGAGGCGGAGUUUGCGGACCACUUGAGGAACGUGCUGGGGCAGAAGGCAUGGCACGUCGGCCCCGUGUCCCUGUGCAACGCGCGAGCGGAGCAGCAGUCGCGCAGAGGAAACAAACCCGCCAUCGACGGAGAGGAGUGCCUCAAAUGGCUGGGUGAGAAGGAGGCCGGAUCCGUGCUGUACGUAUGUUUCGGGAGCAUGGGCACGUUCACGGAGGCCCAGUUCCGCGAGCUAGCUUUGGGCCUCGAGGCCUCCGGCCGCCCGUUCAUUUGGGCGGUCAAGAAAUGCCGCGACGAAUGGUGGCCGGAGCGGUUCAUGGCGAGGAUGGAGGGAAGGUGCCUGAUCCUGAGAGGCUGGGCGCCGCAGAUCCUGAUACUGAACCACGCGGCCGUAGGCGGCUUCGUGACGCACUGCGGUUGGAACUCGAGCCUGGAGGCCGUCACCGCCGGCGUGCCCAUGGUCACCUGGCCGUUCUUCGCGGAGCAAUUUUUCAACGAGAAAUUGCUCGUUGAGGUGCUCAAGAUCGGGGUGGCCAUCGGAGCGAAGCAGCACACGGUGGUCCCAGAACAGAGACCCUUGAUCACAGCAGCAGAGAUAGAGAGGACGGUAAGGCGUCUGAUGGAUGACGGUGAGGAAGCAAACAUGAUGAGGUCGAGGGCGAGGGAGUUGUCGUUCAUGGCAAAGAGCGCCGUCGACGAGGGUGGCUCGUCUUACAUUGAUACGCAAAACUUGAUCCAAGAAUUAACCAACAGACGGACGAUGCCAAACUCGAAAUCCCAGUAGGAGUCCGCAACGUUAGCUGUUAUUGUGAUUGCUAAUCUUGGUGUUAUAAUAUUAUGCGUGCAUGCACAUGUUACACCUUUCUGUUACAGUCGAGGCCACGUUUGCGAAGGGAUUUAGUCAAAUAAAAAAGACAUGGAUCUCUGUGAUGUGAUCA